AUGACAUUAGAACCAUCUUGGUGUGCGUUGACUUAUAAUAGUAAUUUGGGAGUAGCACGUACUAUUCUUGGAGUUUUCGAUUUAUGGUCAAAUUUAUGUAUGGAGUUCAAUCGAAAUGGUCCUUCGUGUCCGGUGAGAAAUGCUGUCCAUUUUAGAAGAGUGAGUUUAGUUGGUCCAGAAUUAUUCGCCGUAUGUCUUGAUACUUUACAAGUAUUCCAUCAUUAUGAGGAUCAAUGGCAUCAAUACCAAUCUGCCAGAAAUAUUCGAUUUGGUAGAUCACAACAACUAUUACAAUUUCUCGACAAUAGUGUGGAUGACGACGAUCAUGAAAAUUUAUCACAAGAGGCCAGUGAUGAGCUUAGUAGAGAAGCUGAAGAUUUAUCAUCAGAUAGUGAUCUGUUCUAUUCUCAAAUUAAUCGCAUGCUUGUGGAUGAAGUUCCCCUUCAAAUGCGUCUUGUUUCUCGAUGGUGGUCUUAG